AUGAUCACCACACGUCUUCCACACCAUACCAACACUACCGGAAUCACAACACCACACCAAGUACCACAAUCGCUCCUCCACCACCAUCAUUCAUGCACCACAAUCACCACUUCCAAAAGUCACUAUACCAAGCACCGCAAUCACCACACCUUGCCACACCAAGCACCAUCACCACCUCCGCCACACACCACUAUUCCAACACAUGCCAACCACUUCCACCACAAUCACAGUCACAAUCACAACCACAAUCACCACUUCCGCCACACCACGCUCCACAAUCAGCACAUGCCAACCACUUCCGCCACACGUCCCCUUCCAGAACGGCGUGCAUUCUCGGGGCGGCGUGAGGACACACGUGCGGGCGACUCCGCGCGCGUCAUCGCCGACGGACCUGGCGAUAUUAUCCUCACCGGGGGAAUGCGAUUGAUGAGGCGCCCUGAUGGAGAGCGAGCGCGGGAGCCCCCAGGCGGAACUUCGCGGUUAUUGUCACCGCGGAUCAAGCCCCCAGAGAGAACACGCUCUCCACAAGUCCUUCAACUUGCGGCCCACGAUGAAGACAAGAGACUUACGCGACACAUGCAGAGAUGGUCUAAAUCGGGAAUCGAGAAUCAGGAAUCGGGAAUCGGGAAUCAGGAAUCAGGAAUCAGGAAUCAGGAACCGGACAGGAGUCAGCGGCGGGCACGGAGCAUCUCUCCACCCACGCGUGUCACCACAACAUGUGUCGAAGCGGCGACCUUUGACCUCCCGCCGGAUAUGAUUGACCCAAAGGCCAUUGAGUGGGUGUUAAUGGGCUGUGAGCGGGUCACCAAAGAAGCCACCUCCCCCCCAACGACCCCCCUCCUACGACCCCUCGUGGCCCUACGACCCGUGAACGACCUCUCCCGCCGGCCCCACCACCCCCACUCCCACCACGACCCCCACCCCCACCCCCACCACGACCCCCCAACGACCGCCCCGACGACUGUCUCCGGCCGCGACUUGCACGACCCUCGGCUGGCGGGCCUGAGGGCGCUGUACGACCACCACCGAGCGAAGGAACUCCUCCACGACCCCAGGGCGAGGGAUCUCCUGGCGCACUACCCUUUGCUCUACCACUACUAUCAGGCCGGGGGCGUGUUCCCAUCCUCGAGCGCCACCGAGGGUUCUCAGCAAGCCACGCCUCUCGCCCCGCCUCCAGCCCCGCCCACGACCGCCCACCUUAGCCCGGCGCCCGCCCACAGACUCACGCCCCACGCCCUGUCCGCCUUUACGAGACUGGACCUCCUGAAGGCAUCGACGAAGGGCGUGCCGGACGGGCCCCCCCCUCGCCCCUUCGACCUCUCCAUGGGCUCCUCCCCCCGCGUCUCCGCCCCCACUCACGCCCCCACCUCCACCACCACCACCACCCAUACCUCCAGCGUGGGCGUGCAGGACCUCAAAUCGCCCUGUUCAGCGCCUCCGUCAUCGUCUCCGUCAGCAGCGCCGCCGCCCACGAGGGGAUCGAGCUCCCCAGCGGCGCUGACCCCCCAGGCGAGGCUCGUGGGGGAGGCUAUGACCCCCUCCCCCGCGGCGCGCGUCGACCCCAGCGCCCACGCUGACGCCACCGCCCCCCCUCUUCCCGCCCCUCCUCCCCCUCCCUCUGCCCCUCCUUCCGGUGGUAUCAACUCCUCAAGCCACGCCCCCAACGCCGUCACGGUCACGCCCAUCAAGAAGGCCCUUGGUUCAGGGGGCGUGACUAAACCGGCCAAGACGUUUACCUGCCCUGAGUGUGGCAAGGUGUUCAACGCUCAUUAUAACCUCACGAGACAUAUGCCUGUUCACACUGGAGCGAGGCCCUUUGUGUGUAAGGUGUGUGGCAAAGGAUUCCGUCAAGCAUCCACUCUCUGUCGCCACAAGAUUAUCCACACGUCGGAGAAGCCACAUAAAUGCCCUACGUGUGGGAAGUGUUUCAAUAGGUCCUCCACCCUGAACACGCACGUGCGCAUCCACCAGGGCUACAAGCCGUACGUGUGCGAGUUCUGCGGCAAGGGCUUCCACCAGAAGGGCAACUACAAGAACCACAAGCUGACGCACUCGGGCGAGAAGGCCUACAAGUGCCACGUGUGCAACAAGGCCUUCCACCAGAUCUACAACCUGACGUUCCACAUGCACACGCACAACGACAAGAAGCCCUUCCAGUGCUCCAUCUGCGGCAAGGGCUUCUGCAGGAACUUCGACCUCAAGAAGCACAUGCGCAAGCUGCACGAGAACGGCCCCUACGUGUCGCCCUCGCCGGCGGGCUCCCCGGGCAGCGACGUCGCUAUCACCUCCAGCGCCUCCGCCCCGCCGCCGCCGCGCCAGUUCUCCGUGCUGCCCUCGCUCAUGGGCGCCUCCGCCUCGCUGCCCACCAGCAUGAGCAUGGGCAGCCUCGGCUCCCUGUCGCACCCGCCGCCCACCAUGCCGCCCCCGCUCCCCGCCCACUUUAUGAACCCCUUCCUGAUCGCGCCGCCCGCCCUGCCCGCCGGCGCCGCGGCUCCCUUCCUCCACAAGAUUCCCUCGCUGCUGGGCUGAUGGCUCCUGCUGGCUCACCUCGCCGCAGCCGCAGUCACGGCCUCCUCCUGACCCCUGCGCUUGCUGCGCCUGCUGCGUCGCCGCCUCCUGGGGAAUGCUGCUCUUGCUGCGGCCGCGGCGUCGACCUCAUGCCAAAGAACCUCGAUUUAAUGAAAGAUGCGCGGUCGACAACGGGCGUCUGUGUCUCCCUUGCCACGCCGGGUGUGUUCCUAAUUGCUCGCU